AUGGAGGGCGAUGCUUCGAGCUCUGAGGAAGUAGCGUCAUUUCGUACCAGGUCUGCGACGGAGUGUUCAGUAUAUUGUCUCCGGCAGCCUGGUUGCGAGUCUUUUAAUGCGUGUCCUGGAGAUCUUCAAGGAUACCCCGUCACGUGUGAGCUGUUCAAGAAGAGGGUUGCGCAUCCCAAGUUAAUCCCGUCAUUGUGCAGAUAUUAUGAACGGGAACAUUUUUCGCAAGAAACACCUCUGGUGUGUGAGAAUGGUGGGGUGUACUUGGAUGAUGAAGACAGGUGCAAAUGUGUGGGGAGUUAUGCCGGUCUCACCUGUCAGCGGAUAAUGAGAGACUGUUCGGAAGGCUACAUUGAUCGUGUAGGGAAAAGGGAACAAUACUUCAUUCAGCCUAAGGAUUCGCCGGAAGCGUUCGAGGUCCACUGUAACAAUCAGGUAGACGGUGGAAUGACUUACAUUAUGCACAGGACUGAAUGGGAAUUUCCCAGACCAGAUUUUUACCAGAACUGGCAAGCGUAUAAAGAAGGGUUCGGAACUCACUACGUGAACGCCUGGAUUGGCAACGAGCACCUGCAUCAGAUCACGAGACAAGGGGUGUACGAACUGGAAGUCGGAGUGGCUCGCUACCCGGAAGAAUUCAAGUAUCUUUACUACGAACAGAUAUCUGUUGGAAACGAAAGUGAGCGCUACGCCCUGCACCUCGGGCCUUAUUUUAUGGGCUCAUUUGACGGGGAUUCCCUGACACCGAGCAAUGACCCACAGCGUAACAUGAACGGCAAACCAUUCAGCACCUAUGACGACGACGUAAGUGAUAACUGCGCUGCAACACUGCGGGCCGGCUGGUGGUUCGCUGAAGGUUGUACGGCGGCUAAUCUACAUGGACCGUUAAGUUAUCCGAAUUCACCGCGAGUCUAUUGGCAAUAUCCUUUUGGAACCGAUAGGAUAACUGGAGUUUACAUGCAAAUAAAAGCUAAAAGUUAUUACAGCGACAUGCCAUGA